CUGUAAACUACCUAACUUUUAGUCUUUUCCCUUUUACUGAUCCCAGUGAUCCAUGCGAAUCCAUGCUCAUCUGUCCCACCAAACCUGCCACCAAACCAAUUCCUACGUCUUUGAGGCUGUCUUGGCUCAGUCUUGGCUUUGACUCCCUUUCUCCGUUCCGUGGUACAUUUUGGCAUCCUGAGCACAAUUCAAAGCCCUAGGUAAUUCAAAUGCCCUCGUCGCUUUCGCUUUCGCUUGCGCUUGCUAUUACCAAUAUCCAUUCUAGCUGUCAAAACAAGCUUCUUGGUUUAUUCCUGAAUUCAUGCCUCCUUAAUCUGUUUCUACCCGUGGGCUUCUGAGCCAACAGAAGCUUUGAUCAUUGCUUCAGCUUAUCUCUACAUUCAUUGCUGCCCCUCUCCCCACCAUCUGCUCCGUAGCCCCGCCUCAGAACGACGAGAAAUCAUGUCUGAAGACACCUAUCAAGCCAACGCCGCCAUCGUUGACGACGAGAGCGAUGGGAAGAUAGAUACGGCGCAACAAUCUGCUGGAAGACCGCGCAACAUAACGAGUACGGCUGAGAUCGAUAGUACUAUAAUACAUCCCGGCUCCGUUCGUAUCAAUGUCAAAGGCGCAUUCAUCGUCGAUACACCUGAGCAGCCCGGCUCUCCUGCCAAUCUGUCAGGGUCCAACGGUAAUGGAUAUCAUGAGACAAAAGAUAUUCGCCUUCCUUAUCAUACGGCUGUUGUCAGCCAUAUCGCUGUUGAUAUCGGUGGCUCGCUAGCUAAGCUGGUCUAUUUCUCCCGCGAAGCGCAUUCGACUGAUCCCGGCGGCCGACUGAAUUUCCAAUCUUUCGAGACGGAUCGCAUCGACGACUGUAUUGAGCUUAUGCGACAUCUACAAGACAAGCAACUCGCCCUCAAUGGCUCUAAGCAUGGCGAAUUAUGCGUGAUGGCGACGGGAGGAGGUGCUUACAAGUAUUAUGACAGAAUCCGACAACGGCUUGGUGUUGAUGUCCUACGAGAAGAUGAAAUGGAAUGUUUAAUUAUUGGUCUCGAUUUCUUUAUAACCGAAAUACCCCGUGAGGUCUUCACAUAUUCCGAGACAGAUCCCAUGCACUUCGCCUCCCCGAACGCCAAUAUUUACCCGUAUAUGCUCGUAAAUAUAGGGUCAGGAGUUAGCAUCCUCAAGGUAUCCGGCCCGCGAACCUACGAGCGUGUAGGCGGCACGUCCCUCGGUGGGGGUACCCUUUGGGGAAUUCUGUCGCUUCUUACACCCGCCGAGUCCUUCGACGAGAUGCUAGAUAUGGCCGCACACGGCGAUAAUACCAAAGUAGAUAUGUUGGUCGGCGAUAUUUAUGGCGCCGAUUACGGUAAAAUUGGGUUGAAAAGCACCACAAUCGCUAGUUCAUUUGGUAAAGUCUUCCGCAUGAAGCGAGAAGCAGAAAAUGAGGCCGAGGACAUGGGUGGCCUUUCAAACGGUGAUGACCAAAACCGACGACAGCAGCAGAAGAGCUCAGAACACAACUCUUCAACAACAUGCUGUUCGCAAACACAACAACAACAGCGUCCUCCAUCAUCCCGAGCAAGCGAAUUAGCGCUGUCGCGUUUCUCUAGCGCUGAUAUUUCACGAUCCUUGUUAUACGCUAUCAGUAAUAAUAUCGGACAGAUCGCAUACCUGCAGUCGCAAGUACACGACCUAUCGCGCAUAUACUUUGGCGGGUCUUUCAUCCGCGGCCACCCGCAAACUAUGAAUACUCUGAGCUACGCCAUCAAAUUUUGGAGUAAAGGCCAGAAACAAGCGUACUUCCUGCGGCACGAGGGAUAUUUAGGUGCCGUGGGCGCAUUCCUUAAACAUCAGCCCCGCAACUGGGGCCGAAGAGGAAGCUUCGAAGAGGGUGAGGGACUAGAAGCACGGAUGAGGGAACGUGCGGAGGACAACGCUACGUGAUGGAGCGCCGUAUGUUGAUGCGGAAUUUUUAUGGUGAUAAUUUUAAUCAUAGCCAGCCAGUGAUAGAGUAAAAGGGGAGCCAAGCGAUUUGUGCUAGAGUCCCCGAGUUGGGACAUGGGUGGCACUAGACGGUGUCAGCAUCACCACGAGCCGCCAACUCAUUGCAUACACUUGUAUUGUUUACAUUAGAUACCUACUACGGUGAGGGUAUCAUGUCAUAGCUAUAGUAUGGGGCAUUAUUUUCUCUUCGUGUAACAAGUUACUAUUAGGAUACACAUUCACGCAUGCGAAAACAUGUCCGCGCAAGAAUCAGAUUAUUGAACAAUUA